CGAUGUCCGUUGCUGAGCGGAGUUGUGGUACUUUAUCUAGGUCACAAAAUUGGUGUAGAGCCGCUGUCCCGUAUAUGAUAUUGUGUUAAAAUAGCUUGUGAACCAGACUGAGUAACCGUAACACUAAAAGAAGGAAUGAGAUUCAAAAGACAUUCUCCAUAAUGAAGACGAGGGAAACUCAAGGAGGACAUUUCUUGAAGCCUAAUGAAUACUUUGGUUCCUCUGGGACCCCAAUUUUCAUGAGCAGUCUAAUUUUAUUCCUUAUAAUAAGUACAAGUGGCUUUGCAAAGGAAGAUCUUAACAAUUCGCGCACAAAGAGGUCCUCCAGCGGUCAUGAAAACCUCAGACAUUCACGAACCAAUGGCUCCUAUUACGGCGAACUCUGCUGUCCUGAAAAUAAGCAUUUUGAGGCAAACGGGUGCGUUCCCUUCAAUGAUUCGAGGGUAUUCCAACCACCAGCUCCUUUUAGCAACGUUUUGUGGACGUACCAAGGAUUCCAGUGCCCACAUGGGUAUGAUCCCACGCCUUUUGAAGUUAACAAAAAUGCCCGAUUAAUUCUGGAUGGAGGUUCUGUCUCCCUGAAAUGGCGCCACAUAUUAAUAAAGACAACAAAGAAAUUCUGCUUGAGUCUCCUUCCUUCAAACGCCUACGUGGGCGUUGUUUGCCGCCCUAACAUCGAGAAGCUAUGUGCAGAUGCAACUUGCAUCCAAAAGUGUUGCGACCAUGGGGAAGUGGCGUCCUUGAAAGUCAGACAUUGUACGCCCAACGCCAGCCGAAAGUUCAGCCUGACGUUUCAGUCAGCAAGCGGUUUCGAGGUGCAAUCACCUGUAGAUCUCCGAGUGUUAUAUCGCAUCCCUAAUUGCGAAAAUAUUUUGCACCUGAACCUUGAAGAUAAGACCGACGGACGCUUCCUCCUGACAGCAGAUGGAUAUCUUUACCAGCCGGCUAAAGGCACAAUCUAUUACGAAACUAAGUUUUGUCUGGAUCAUUUCACAACGGGAGUAUUUGAAGGCGAACGACUGGGGGCAUUCAUUUGCUCAGGACCAGGACUGCCAAUAGGACCCACCUUGAAGGACCGAUUCUACGCAGCGGGUUUGAUGAUUUCUGCUCUUUCCCUCUCGGUGACCAUUCUCUGCAACAUUCUCGUUGGUAAGCUGAGAGCGUUGCAAGACCUCCAUCAGCUGUGCCACAUGAUCUCUCUCCUCGUGGGGGAGACAGCGCUGUUUAUUGGGUACUUGUUCUCUGAUGAUCUGCCCCUUACUCAUUGUAUUAUCAACAGUAUUAUUGCGCAGUUUGCAUUUCUCUCAGCGUUUUUCUGGCUUAAUGUCAUGUGCGUUGACAUUCAUCAGUAUGUCAGGGCAACGGUGAAACUCGUCCCGAGAAAUUCCAUCCAGGGAAGACAGUGGUUGCGGUUCAAGUGUUACUCUGCUUACGCCUGGGGGUUGCCGUUCCUCAUCACGCUGGCAACGGCUGUCCUUCAUUAUGUCCCAGACUAUCCAGGGCAGACCAUCCUAAGGCCUGGUUUCGGGAUUAAGAGCUGUUGGUUUCAUGGUGAUAUUGAGCGACUUACUUUCUUCUACGUCUGGAUUGGAGCGCUUUUCUUGGCGAAUAUUUUCCUGUUGGCAAACACUGUCUUCAUGCUACACAAGACGGGCGCCAUUCUACUGUCCGGCAAGAGAAAAUCAGUUUUUGAGGAAGGUGGGAACCAUGCGAGCAACAGAAGGAAUGUUAACAAGUUCUGGCAGAGCUUCAGUCUAUUUGCCUUGAUGGAACUUUGCUGGAUCACUGAAAUUCUCUCUUGGAAAAUUCCCCCUGAAUCAUUAUGGAUUCCAACUGACAUCAUAAACACACUUCAAGGAUUCUUCAUAUUCCUCUUUUUCUUGAGAAACAAAACGAAGAGAGAAGCUCUGAAAGAAGCCAUUUUGAGUGCACGUGUACAAGCAAGAAAAUCCCCUCACUCAGAAAGCAACAGCAGCAAUUGUUCGCAUAGUAGUAAAUCGACGACUACCUACUCUGAUAUGUACAGGCCCUGAUCCCAGAAACGAUGAGGAGCCUGAGGAACAGAACUGAUAGUUGAAAAACAGUUCAACGAAACACUUAAAAUGAAGAUCAUGAUCAUCCUGAAUAAAGACUUAGUCAAAAGUUCUGGGCAAAGUGGAAGUGGUCUACCAAUUGCUAUGAGCAAAGCUGAGCUUAACAUCAAGCAAUUGUACUUAACACGAAACCUGAAGACAAGCAGCCAAUCCUCUGGCAAAUCUUGACAACGGCCAAUAGUUUUACAUGAAACUGAACUCAACGUCCGACAUGCUAUGAUAAAUAUGAAAAUGUUAGACAACAGUUGUAGAAGUAACCGCACCUAACGACAGUGAAAUGGCUCCCUGUUACAGGUCUAAUUAAAGGUAAUAGCCGGGUGUAGUAAGGGGAUUCCUUUGAAUUAUGUUUCUUAAUUGGUUGGAGUAUCUUGCUAUCUAUUUUUGGUUGUGGGGUUAUUUAAAAUACCAAUUUUCUUGGAUUACACAGGUGAGGAUCUAAUAACCAAUGCUCUUGGUGAUUCCCCUACGGCCUACGCCAUAGCCUUUGCUCCCGGUCAUUCUAUAGUUUUGGCUUUGAAGGUGCUGUCUAAGAUUCUUUUCUUUCUUUCUUUCUUGCUUUCAUUUUAAUUAAGUUUAUGUAUCGCUGUUCGUUAUACAAUGUAAAUAUUUUAAUCUCUUUGCUCCUAUUUAAUGUUUCUGUUUCCCUCCAUAUUUUUUACAAACUUGCAAUGCAAGUUCAAGCUGGAGGCCUGUUACAUAUGAACAAAUGCUCAUUAAUGAUAAAAGUAAUAUAGGUUAAAUCCUAUCUGAUGGCUAAUAGGUCUUGGUAACAUGGCAAUUUACCUUGACCAUUCUAGCUUCCAGUAUUUCAUUCAGCACGUAUUUAUCUUUUUUAACUUUUAUUAUCUGCCUCUCAAUAACACUCACGUUUACUAACACUUGCAGUCAUCUCUAUAUGAAACACAUUGCAAUUCAUGUCUCCCUUACAUUACUUGAAGCCAAUCAGGCUAUUUUUAAACGUAAAAUUAUAUAUCCUGCAACGCGGGAUAUAUAUAAGUAAGAUUUGCUAACAGUGACUGCUGACAGGGUACAGAAAUAGCGGCGAAGAAUUUUCGAGAUGAAGGCUACAAAGUCAUUCUUCAUCGACGCCAAUAUUGCCUUAUAUCGUUAGACUGUCGAUCGAGUCCUUGAGCGCAUACACAAGGUUUCAGGAUACAAAUAAGACAAAGGAACGGGAAAAAGGAUAUAGAAGAAAAAUCAAAUCAUACCUCGUAUAGGAAUUAUUGUAUCUGGGUCGAGUUAAAAAAAAAAGUCCAAGAUUAAAACCACCUUUGAAAAAGAAUUGUUUGCUUCAAAAGGUUACAUCCCUUCAGGCAACAGAUACUGAUCAAGGCAUAGUUAUAAAUACGAGGUCAUUCGAAUAGAUUAAAUACACUUACGGGCAAUGUCAGGUCUGUAGCAUGGGGCGCUCUUUAGCAUUAGUAUUGAUUCCUGUAAACUAUGGUUUUUCGUUAUAUUUUAGAGAAUUUUUUUGAUGCUUGUUUGAUAAUGCAAUCAUAAUUCUGGUAUACAUUUUUGUCAUUUUAUGACCUAAGUUUUUUUAUUAUGAUAUACGCAGUGCAAUAUUAACUUUAUUUCCAGUACUCUACUGUUUUCACAUUACAGUCCGUAUCCUGUUCCACAUUCUAUGCUUUCCCAAGUGGCCAAAAAGAUAUAAAUUGUUUGAAUAACCUGCUUUGGCGUCUCUCUUCGGGGAGCAGCGAGUCCUUUUUAUAUGACUUAAAGAAGAUUGUAGCAGCACAGGGUGCCAUAAGUCAAACUUACGAAACCUUGACUUUAUCACCAUGAUUACCAAUAUUGGUGAUCAGAACACAAUUUUUCCUGCUCUUGUAAAAGUAAAUGUAAUACUUCUUAUUUAAAGGAAAAUUAAACUAAUCUCUUAAAAUCAUUCAAGAGCUUUGUAGGCUUCAUAACCCAUAAUAUAUUUACCGUUAUUCACAAUUUACCUGAUUUUACUAAAGGUACCAAAAGGCAAUUAAUUUGGCAAUGAAACUUUCCACUACAUAAAUUGCUCGUGUGGGAACAGACAA